CUGGUAACUCGCGCCACACGAAGCGCGCUAGGUUGGCUCUUCUGCGCGCCUGCGCCUUGGCGAGCUCUGCGCAGGCGCAUUUCCAACGCUUGGAGGAGAGGGCGGGGUGUCGUUCCCUUUCGCUGAUGCAAGAGCCUAGUGCGGUGGUGGGAGAGGUAUCGGCAGGAGCCGCGCUGCCGCCGGGGCCUGGGGCUGACCCGUCUGACUUCCCGUCCGUGCCGAGCCCACUCGAGCCGCAGCCAUGUCUGGGGACGAGAUGAUUUUUGAUCCUACUAUGAGCAAGAAGAAAAAGAAGAAGAAGAAGCCUUUUAUGUUAGAUGAGGAAGGGGAUACCCAAACAGAGGAAACCCAGCCUUCAGAAACAAAAGAAGUGGAGCCAGAGCCAACUGAGGACAAAGAUUUGGAAGCUGAUGAAGAGGACACUAGGAAAAAAGAUGCUUCUGAUGAUCUAGAUGACUUGAACUUCUUUAAUCAAAAGAAAAAGAAGAAAAAAACUAAAAAGAUAUUUGAUAUUGAUGAAGCUGAAGAAGGUGUAAAGGAUCUUAAGAUUGAUAGUGAUGUUCAAGAACCAACUGAACCAGAGGAUGACCUUGACAUUAUGCUUGGCAAUAAAAAGAAGAAAAAGAAGAAUGUUAAGUUCCCAGAUGAGGAUGAAAUACUAGAGAAAGAUGAAGCUCUAGAAGAUGAAGACAGCAAAAAAGAUGAUGGUAUCUCAUUCAGUAAUCAGACAGGCCCUGCUUGGGCAGGCUCAGAAAGAGACUACACAUACGAGGAGUUGCUGAAUCGAGUAUUCAACAUCAUGAGGGAAAAGAAUCCAGAUAUGGUUGCUGGAGAGAAAAGGAAAUUUGUCAUGAAACCUCCACAGGUCGUCCGAGUAGGAACCAAGAAAACUUCUUUUGUCAACUUUACAGAUAUCUGUAAACUAUUACAUCGUCAGCCCAAACAUCUCCUUGCAUUUUUGUUGGCUGAAUUGGGUACAAGUGGUUCUAUAGAUGGUAAUAACCAACUUGUAAUCAAAGGAAGAUUCCAACAGAAACAGAUAGAAAAUGUCUUGAGAAGAUAUAUCAAGGAAUAUGUCACUUGUCACACAUGCCGAUCACCGGACACAAUCCUACAGAAGGACACACGACUCUAUUUCCUACAGUGCGAAACUUGUCAUUCUAGAUGUUCUGUUGCCAGCAUCAAAACCGGCUUCCAGGCUGUCACAGGCAAGCGAGCACAGCUCCGUGCCAAAGCUAACUAAUUUGCUAAUCACUGAUUUUGCAAAGCGUGUUGUGGAGAUGUGGCUGGACAGGUUUGCCAUCAGAGUGGAUAUACCGUUGUAUUAAAAACAAGAUAAAAAAGCUGCCGAGAUUUUUGGCGAGUGGUUGGUUGGUCUGAAGUCCUUGCAAGACGCUGAUGUUCAAGCUGUUGACAUACUCAUUGCCUACUUUUAACACCUGUCAGAGAAACGUGAUAUGGGGUAAGGAGGUGCUUUUUUAAAAUCGUUCAUAGACUUCUGUAAAAUGCAAGAUAAAUUAAAGUUAUUAUAACAGUGAUUCUUUCAAUUUGGUUUGUCCUUCAGUUUUCUUUUCUAUAAAAAUUGUGCUUGGUGAAAUCAGCAAAAAACCAACCAUAGAAAACUGUGUGGGCCUGGGCUCUGACAGUCUCUGUAUCCUUGUCCUGAGAAACUGGACAGGCACUUCCAGUUUCUGAAAACGACAGGCACUUCAUCUGGGCAGCCAUUUCUCUUCUUCUCUGCUUCUCUUGAGAUACACAGUUAAAGCAGACACGGCCUCCCACGCGUGUGUGGUGGGACCUUGAGACUUGGGAGGACUGCCUGUUUUCAGUGUCCAGGGAAUGACUCCAUAGAUUUGACUUCUUUUCCCUAUGUGAGGAUGGUUGCUACUACCUCACCGCCAAGUCCUCCCCCAGCUGUUACCACAUGAAGGAAUACAAGGUGCUAGGUACCCUCCUUCCUCGUUGACCACUAAGAGGUCUUAGAAACAUAGCCUGUAAAUGUAUCUUAUAACUGGCACACUAAGAAAGAUCCUAGUUGAGCAUCUCUGUUGGUGAGGAAGCAAUGUAUGUGCGGUUCAGGAAACUCCUCCAAGAGGAGUCCAAACAGGGAUGCUAGAGGAAGCUUUCUGUUUUCCUAGCCAACUUGUGUUCUGGGUUUGAAAAAGACCCACCACAAAUGCUUUUCUAUUUUCUGAUUUAAAAGUUGCUUUUGAAUAUGACCAUGAGAAACCAAGAAAUGCUGCUUGUGUGGUGCUCUGCUUCCUGAGGAUUUGCUGGAAGGGGAUUCUCCGCUGGCACAUGGGAGAAGGCCAUCUUCUGUGUCUGUGCUGUGAUCUGCCUUGCUCUCACUUGCUGAGGAUAAGGGCAUACACGUUGCUCCUCGCUUUCUUGUUGUCAGACUUCGUACUAAGCAGCCCAGGAACAGACACUCAGACCCAAAUGUCUUGACUAUGUUGUUUUUAAUCACUGUGACCCUUAAUUUUAAAGCAUGGGCCAAGUGUUGUCAAAUACCUUGGCUAAAACAGUGGAGGGUGGUGGGUAAAGCAAUAGAGGGUGCUUUCCCUCAACCCACACACUGGCUGACUGAACUGCCACCGCCACAAUGAACCCAACUGCUGUUUAUGUCCCCAUUUUCCUUUUUUUGUAUCUACACCCACACGAUUCCCAAUGUUGGAUAUUUCUACAUGAAUAAAGCAAGGAUCGGUG